GGCCGCUGGAGUUUAGUCUGGGCGCUGCGGGUCGCGAGGCUAUCUGUUCUCGGGGCUUUUGGCCGUGGUUGUCCUGUCGGGAUCCUAAUCGUUAUGGGGACACAGGAGAAAGGCGGGAGGAAACUGUUGUUUCUCUACACAUCGGUGAUCCUAUGCCCUCUGGUGCUGGGCAAGGGUACAGUGUACACUUCUGAAUCUGUUGUCCGAGUUGCUGAGAAUAAAUCGAUCAAAUUGUCCUGCUCCUACUCUGGGUUCUCCUCUCCCCGUGUGGAAUGGAAGUUUGUCCACGGUGACACCACCAGCCUGGUUUGCUAUAACAACAAGAUCACGGCUUCCUAUGAGAACCGAGUUACCUUCUCUCCAAGUGGCAUCACCUUCGAUUCUGUGACCCGGAAAGACACUGGGAUGUAUACUUGUAUGGUCUCUGAAGAAGGUGGCAACAACUAUGGGGAGGUCACCAUCCAGCUCAUCGUACUUGUGCCUCCAUCUAUGCCUACAGUCAACAUCCCCUCCUCUGUCACCAUUGGGAGCCGGGCAGUGCUGACCUGCUCAGAAGAAGAUGGUUCCCCACCCUCUGAAUACUACUGGUACAAAGAUGGUGUACUGAUGCCUACAGAUCCCAAGAGCAGCCGUGCCUUCAGUAAUUCUUCCUAUACCCUGGAUUCCAAGUCAGGGGAACUGGUCUUUGAUUCUGUGACAGCCUCUGAUACUGGAGAAUACAGUUGUCAGGCAAUGAAUGGGUUUGGGUUACCCAUGACAUCAGCUGCUGUGCGCAUGGAAGCUGUGGAACUGAAUGUGGGGGGCAUCGUGGCAGCUGUCAUCGUAGCACUGCUUCUCCUUGGAGUCUUGAUUUUUGGCAUCUGGUUUGCCUAUAGCCGAGGCUACUUUUACAGAGCAAAGAAAGGGACCUCGACAGCUAAGAAGGUGAUUUAUAGCCAACCUAUUACUCGAAGUGAGGGGGAGUUCAAACAGACCUCAUCAUUCCUGGUGUGACCUGGUCCAGCUCAUCUCUGUGCUUGCCCUACUCAGGUGCUACCAGACUCCGGCCCCUGAUGUUUGUAGUUUCACCGGAUACCUUAAUUGUCUUUUAGACCCCACAGGACCCCUCCACUUUUAUCUUAGUUAGGAUGUGAUUUUAAUAGCAUCAGCAAUGUGCACCUCCCUCUUUCCUUCCCUCCCUUCCUUGCCUACCACUACUGAGUGGCCUGAGACUUGUUUAAAAUUUUCAUUUCCCAUUUCUACAAGAGAUCAGGCAGGAGUCCUGUAUGCCUGAUGACUUCCCUUCUAGGUAGACAGCAAGAGUGGUAGGGCUCCCAGGAAUCCGAAACCACUGCCUGGCCUAUAGUGGCCUUUGAAUAAGGAUCUUGAGCCUGAUAACUGGGCUUUCUCUUCCUGGAAUGAGGACUGUUGCCGGCUGUUCUGGAGUGGGGACUGGAGAGAGGAGCUGCUAAAGUGUUUGAUGGCGACAUUGUCUCUUCCAUGUCCCCAAGAAAAGUGCCACUGGGAUCCUCCUGGUCUGUCUUCCUCCUGAAUGCAAGCAGACUGCAUAAGAAAGUGGGAAAGCUUUCAGGAAAUGUGGAGAAAAAAGAUUUAAAACCACUGAUGAAAAGAAAGCUGGAACUGGUAGCCAUCACCUUCCUUUAGCUGGAACAACUGGACAGACCGUCUUCAGAUGUCUGUAGGGCUGUGGGAUGCCUGUAUUAGACUUGGCUCUUUGCUGAGCUGUGUGUGUGUGUGUGUGUGUGUGUGUGUGUGUGUGUGUGUGUAUGUGUAUGCUAAGAAUUUGGGUGAUGUGUUGGAGGGCUUCUUAGCUCUUCGGUGAGGUUGAGUUCCUGUGUGUUUUUAUUACCUGAAUGUUGCUGGAAAUAAAAACUUGAUUUGUCAAAGCUUCUUUUUGUGGGGAGUGGAGGAAAUGAGGUCUUUGGAGGUUUCCGAACUUCUUUGUACAAACAGGAAAAUACCUCAAAGGCCUACUUCCCAGUAACCUGGGGCUGCUCCCUAGGGCCCUGCCCCCCUUGCCUGAUU